AUGGCGUUUCAUGCUCACGACGCGUUUAGAGAAGUCACGGAUGGUUUUGAUGAAGAGGAGAGGGAAGUUGCUGAUGCUUGGAAGAUGUGGAUUCCUCCUGCUGUAGCGUGGAUCGAGAUUGCUGGGGAGAUGCUGCCUAAGUUUCUUUUUGAGGAGAAGGGUGUUGGACAUGUCGAGCAACCCGCAAUGAUGAAAUCGUUUCGUGCUGAGGAAUGGAGAGAGUGGAAGAGUAGGUUUGGAGAAACGGCGGAACAGGGUGAGAUUGAUGAACACUCUCGGUAUCUAGCACGCCAAACGGCAGAGAAGAUGCAAGGGCUGGAAGUGAAAGCGAGGGAUUGUGUAAAAGCGUGA